CAGUUCGGCAAGAUGUCGGUGAAGGAGGGUGCGCAGCACAAGUGGACAGUGCUGAAAGAGAAGCUGGGGCCACCGGAGCUGGACUCCACUGAGGCCAACCUGGAAAAUGCCGACCCCGAGCUGUGCAUCCGGCUGCUCCAGAUGCCCUCCGUAGUCAACUACUCAGGGCUGCGCAAGCGCCUGGAGAGCAGCGAUGGCAGCUGGAUGGUGCAGUUCCUGGAGCAGAGCGGCCUGGACCUGCUGCUCGAGGCCCUGGCACGGCUGUUGGGCCGCAGUGUGGCCCGCAUCGCUGACACCCUGCUGCAGCUCACCUGCAUCAGCUGCGUGCGUGCUGUCAUGAACUCGCAGCAGGGCAUCGAGUACAUCCUCAGCAACCAGGGCUACGUGCGCCAGCUCUCCCAGGCUCUGGACACGUCCAGUGUGAUGGUCAAGAAGCAGGUGUUUGAGCUGCUGGCCGCCCUGUGCAUCUACUCGCCUGAGGGUCACACCUUGACCCUGGAUGCCCUGGACCAUUACAAGAUGGUGUGCAGACAACAGUACCGCUUCAGGGUCAUCAUGAACGAGCUGUCUAACAAUGACAAUGUGCCCUACAUGGUCACGCUGCUCAGCAUGAUCAAUGCCAUCAUCCUGGGCACCACGGACCUCCGCAAACGUGCCCAGCUGCGUAGCGAGUUCAUCGGGCUGCAGCUUCUGGAUGUUCUGACCCGGCUGCGAGACUUUGAGGAUGCCGACCUGCUGAUCCAGCUGGACACCUUCGAUGAGGCCAGGGCUGAGGACGAGGAGGAGCUGCUGUCAGUCUGUGACGGGGUCAACAUGAACAACCACCAGGAGGUCUUUGACUCCUUGUUCCACAAGGUGAGCUGCUCCCCGGCGUCUGCCCAGCUGCUCUCUCUGCUGCAGGGCCUCCUGCACCUGGAGCCCACCCGCCGCUCCAGCCAGCUGCUCUGGGAGGCCCUGGAGAGCCUGGUAAACCGGGCCGUGCUCCUGGCCAGUGACGCCCAGGAAUGCACCCUGGAGGAGGUGAUCGAGCGGCUCCUGUCCGUCAAGGGGCGGCCCCGACCAAGCCCCAUGGACAAGGCCCACAAGAGCAUCCAGGUCAACCUAGGCCAGAGUCAGACAGGCAGCUCCCCGCAAAACACAACUGCCCCCGAGGCCAUCGAGGAAGGCCAGCAGCCGGCGGUGGCCCAUGCCAGCGAACACAUGGCCAGCAUCCAGAGCAUGACACAGCCAAGAGUCCUGGAGCAGCAGGCACCCAGCCCACCCCCACCUCCACCGCCCCUCCCCGGCUCCACCACUGGGGCCCCACGCCACACCUGCGAGCACGGGACUCACAUCCAGAGCAUGACAGAGCCAAUAUUCCAGGAGCUGCGGGCACCCAGCUCACACCUUCCUGCAUCAGCCCUGCCAGGUCUGGCGGCCGUGUCUCCCCCAGAAAUCCCUCCACCUUCACCACUCCAGAGCAUGGGAUGCCCACCGCCACCCCCGCUGCCUGGAAUGGGCUGGGGACCCCCUCCACCUCCACCACUGCCCAGUACCUUUGGCCUGCCUGCAGCGAGCGGCUUGGAGGAGAUCAUUGAAACCCAGGUGGACCACGGCCUGGGCUCAGCCUGGGUUCCCAGCCACCGGCGGGUGCAUCCGCCCACACUGCGUAUGAGGAAGCUAAACUGGCAGAAGCUGCCAUCCAACGUGACUCGAGAGCGCAACUCCAUGUGGGCAUCUCUGAGCAGCCCCAACAUCAUGGUGGUGGAGCCUGACUUCUCCAGCCUCGAGCAGCUUUUCUCCUUACCUGAAGUCAAGCCUAAGGAACGAGCAGCAGCUGCCCCGGCUAGGAAGGAGCCCAAAGAGAUCACUUUUCUUGACUCCAAGAAGAGCUUGAACCUCAACAUCUUCCUGAAGCAGUUUAAAUGCCCCAAUGAGGAGGUCGCUGGUAUGAUCCGGGCUGGAGACACCACCAAGUUUGAUGUGGAGGUUCUCAAACAGCUCCUCAAGCUCCUUCCGGAGAAGCAUGAGAUUGAAAACCUGCGGGCGUUCACAGAUGAGCAAGCCAAGCUGGCCAGCACCGACCAGUUCUACCUCCUCCUGCUGGGCAUUCCCUGCCACCAGCUGCGGGUCGAGUGCAUGCUGCUGUGUGAAGGCACAUCCGUCAUGCUAGACAUGGUGCAGCCCAAGGUCCAGCUGGUCCUCGCCGCCUGUGACAGCCUGCUCACCAGCCAGCAGCUGCCCAUCUUCUGCCAGCUAAUCCUUAGGAUCGGGAACUUCCUCAACUAUGGCAGCCACACAGGUGACGCCGAUGGCUUCAAGAUCAACACAUUGCUGAAGCUCACGGAGACCAAGUCCCAGCAGAACCGUGUGACACUGCUACACCACGUGCUGGAGGAAGUGGAACAGAGCCACCCUGACCUCCUGCAGCUGCCCCAGGACCUGGAGAAGCCCUCCCAAGCAGCUGGGAUCAACCUGGAGGUCAUCCGCUCAGAGUCCAGCACCAACCUGAAUAAGCUUCUGCAGACGGAGCAGAAGGUGUCUGGCUCGGUCCCCGAGGUGCAGGAGCAGUACAGCAGUCGCCUCCAGGACCACAUCGUAGCCUCUCGGGCACUGGACGAGCAGUUUGAAGCCAUCAAGCAGAAGAAGUUGGCACUGGCUGAGUACCUGUGCGAGGACGCCCAGCAGCUCUCCCUGGAGGACACCUUCAGCACCAUGAAGACCUUCCGGGACCUCUUCAUCAAUGCCCUGAAGGAGAACAAGGACCGGAAGCAGCAGGCGGCAAGGGCGGAGAGGAGGAAGCAACAGCUGGCGGAGGAGGAGGCGCGGAGGCCACGGGGCGCGGACGGGAAGCCUGUCAGGAAGGGUCCUGGGAAGCAGGAGGAGGUGUGUGUCAUCGAUGCCCUGCUGGCUGACAUCAGGAAGGGCUUCCAGCUGCGGAAGACGGCCCGUGGCCGUGGGGACGCCGAAGGGGCCAGCAAGGCAGCCUCAAUGGAACACCCGAGGGUCACAGAGCCCGUGUCCGCCAGCGACCCUGCAGGAGCCCCCAUGGGCAGCACUAGCUGCCCCACUCCAAAGCCCGGCCUUGCUGCUGCUGCGGUGGCCAGCAAGUCCCCGGCUUGGGACCUGGUAGAUGCCGUGACCCCCGACCCACAGCCCACUGGAGAGCAGUUGGAGGAGGGUUGUCCCGCGCCACUGGAGAGGCGUUCCUCCUGGUACAUCGAUGCCAGUGAAUUCUUCACUGCUGAGGACACCUGGAGCCCCCAGCCCUCCAAGGAGGCCUGGCCAGUGACUCUGGGAGAUGCUCGAGCCCUGGAGCCCCUCAAGUUCUCCAGCAUCAAGCCCCCUGAGACCAAAAGUUCAAGCCAAGAUGCUGAGGACCCCAAAGCCUUGCAGGGCAUCCACCUAGCCGAGGCAGACAGCACCAACGAGGGGCUGGGGGACGUGGCCGUCCAUGGCCACAGUGCUCGCCUCCCUGCCACAGGCCCCAGUGGGGAUGAGGACGAGGAGGACACAGCCCCAGAGUCCGCACUGGACACGUCCCUGGACAAGUCCUUCUCUGGGGACACAGUGACUGACUCCUCGGGGUCUGGCACCCUCCCCAGGGCCCGGGCCCGGGCCUCCAAGGGGACAGGCAAGCGAAGGAAGAAGCGCCUCCCAAGGAGCCAGGAAGGCCUCAGGCCCAAGCCCAAAGCCAAGUGAGAGACCUCGGGCCGGCCUUGGCACAGCAGCGGCCGCUGGACGUGCUGCUGAGCAAGGUUCUUCUGGCUGAGAGUCACAGCCUGGGACUGGGCUCUGGGAAACCAAAACUC